GUCCGGAGUCGCUCACAGUGUCCCGCUCCUCGACGCCAGCACCUGCCGGCGGCGCAUCGAGAUGGCCGGCCACCGCCCUGCUCACAACCUCGUGCAGAGCCUGCAGGAGGAGGCGGUGUGCGCCAUCUGCCUCGACUACCUCACGGACCCCGUGUCCAUCGGCUGCGGGCACAACUUCUGCCGCGGGUGUGUGACCCAGCUGUGGGGCAAGGACGACGAGGACCAGGCGGUGGGGGCCACGGGCGGGUGGGACCACUCCAUUCGGGAGGUUUUGUACCAGCAGAGCGCGGGCGAGUUGUUCCAGGGCCCGGAGGAGGGACCCUGGGUGGCAGGCGGUGGCAUCAGGAAUUGGGACGACGCGUGGGUCCCGGAAGAGGAGGAGGAAGAGGGGGACUAUUACCGAAUUGACAUCUACGAGGGAGAGGCGGUGCUGGACGACUGGUAUGAGGAAGAUUGGUACUUUGUCCCGGUCCCGCCGCCGCCCCCGGCCCCCCGCCGGCGGUUCACCUGCCCCCAGUGCCGCCGGAGCUUCAGGAGCCGCAGCCUCCGCCCCAACCUGCAGCUGGCCAACAUGGUCCAGGUCAUCCGCCACCUGCGCCCCGACCUGGUCUCGGGGAGCCUGGGGGGCGCGCACGGCGUCUGCUCCGAGCACCAGCAGGCCCUGAAGCUCUUCUGCGAGGUGGACGAGGAGGCCAUCUGCGUGGUGUGCCGGGAGUCCAGGAGCCACAAGCAGCACAGCGUGGUGCCGCUGGAGGAGGUGGAGCAGGAGUACAAGGUGAGCGGCCUACAUUAA